GUGGUGUCGCUGUCGUCGUCACCGUCGUCAGAGUGCUAAAGUUCAGGCAGAGCAGUGAGUGAGCGAGUAUGCGUCAGAGCUGACACACGGGAAACAGCGUCCAAUCGCGAGGUCACUGCAUUUCGGCGAAUUUUUGUUAGAAAGUGAUUAUUUUUUGCUAUUAUUCUUGUGUAAUCCGUCGCGGGUGUCCGUUAUCAGUUGAAUGAAGUGAGUUUGAGUUCAGUUCAGUUCAGUUUUCUAGCGUUAUAUGCCCGGGCAAGGUAGAGUAAUCUUCCUAUUAGCUCAAAUCGCAUAUAAAAGGCAAUACAUAAAGCUUGGUUUAUGCCCCCAUGUUGCUGCCAUCGGUCCGCUCUCCUUUGGUGGUUGCUUGAGACACUUGAGCUCGAGGGGUGAUACUGGCCUGGUGUGAGUGUGUAUGUGCAAGUUUGAUCCAGCUCAAGUGGACUGAGGAUAAAUAAUAAAGAACCUCACGGAGCGGUACGCAACAUGUUCACCAAACAACUCCUUUUCUGGCUGUUUCUCGUCGGAGCUUCACUCGUGUGUUCUACAGCAGCAUUCGGUGGCUCAGGGGGUCGAUCGGCUGGUUUGUAUAAGUACGGCGAUGUCGGAGCGGUGAACGCAGGGGCUGCCGGCUCCUAUGCGCGAGUUCCUCCACACCGGUACUACAUGCCGGCAGGACUUGGCAACCCCGAUGACCCGAACCGAUACCUAUCGACGACUCCCAGUCAGCAGUCCACAUCAGCCCCGAAGACUAACCGCAUCUCCGCAUGGGGAAUAAUCUCGAUCGUGAUGUUUGUGAUCAUGAUCGGAGCCGGAGCCUACUGGGGCUUUAUCUGUUUUCCUUUGUUCUGCAAGAAGGAACGCAACUACAACAUGAUGAUGAACAUGUCGUCCGCCACAACUGCCACCCCUACCCGGUCGACCGAGUUCGAGAAGCUCGAAAACUAUUGCUCCAAAUCGACUACGUCAAGUCGAAGUAACGACACCGGUAUCAGUAACAUAUAGACAACUCUAAACAAAGUGGAAUCCUAUUACAUAAAAAGUCAAAUCACUUACGAACGAACUCUGUCGCUACACUACUAUUACUAUAGCGAUAAUUAACUAAUAAGCUUUGACCCAAACUAUUACGUUCGAUCGAAGGUGAAAAUUUACGAUCUACUUCUGAUAUGACUUGCAAACUCUUUGGCUUGCCAUACAAUUACGAAACUAAUUUUUUUACAAUUUAGCAAGAAUCGAAACAAUGCAAGUGAGACCGAUGUGAAAGCUUAGUUUUAAGGAUACUCGAAUAAGCUAACUGCUAGGAGACUGAUGAUUUAACUGAUAGAAAAAAAAAGAAACGAACAUAGUAUUACAAAUUUAGACAAUAUUCUAAAUGAGCCCAAUAAAUUCAUACCAGUUUAUCGAC